AAGGUGCAGCCAGAAUAAGGUCCCCUCCACUUCACUGCCGCCGGACAGUUGCUAUACGCUCGUAGUAGGGGUUGUCCCGAUGGUACUGCAGCACUGACAAAUGGUGAGAUGCCGAGCGGAAGCCGCUGCCCGGACUGCGGCUCCUCUGAGCUCGUAGAAGAUUCGCAUUAUUCUCAGAGCCAGCUGGUGUGCUCCGACUGCGGCUGUGUGGUCACAGAAGGGGUCCUUACUACCACCUUCAACGACGAGGGCAACCUCAGAGAAGUGACCUAUUCUAGAAGCACCGGGGAAAAUGAACAAGUUAGUCGCAGCCAGCAACGAGAUCUCCGUCGAGUGAGAGACCUGUGUCGAAUUCUGAAGUUGCCCCCCACGUUCGAGGAUACAGCAAUCUCCUACUAUCAAAGGGCCUAUCAGCUGCCUGGCAUCCGAGAUGCUAGGCUACAGAAGAAGGAGGUGUUAGUUGGAUGCUGUGUUCUAAUCACCUGCCGGCAGCACAACUGGCCCCUGACCAUGGGAACCAUCUGCACCCUGUUGUAUGCCGAUCUGGAUGUGUUUUCAGGCACCUACAUGCAGCUAGUGAAGCUUCUGGGGCUGGAUGUGCCAGCUCUGUGCCUGGAAGAACUGGUGAAGUCUUACUGCAGCAGCUUCAGACUGUUCCAAGCUUCCUCACCCAUACCAGCCAAAUAUGUGGAAGACAAAGACAAGAUGCUGUCCCGAACGUUGCUGCUUGUGGAGCUGGCAAAUGAGACAUGGCUAGUGACUGGGAGGCAUCCCUUGCCUGUCAUCACUGCAGCCACCUUCCUGGCAUGGCAGUCUCUGCGGCCUUCAGCCCGACUGACAUGCUCUCUUGCCCAGUUUUGUAAAUUGGCCAAUGUGGACCUGCCCUACCCGGCUGCCUCUCGUCUGCAGGAGCUCCUGGCUGUGCUGCUUCAGAUGGCCAGCCAGCUGGCCUGGCUACGAGUCCUAAAGCUUGAUAAGCGGACUGUGGUGAAACACAUUGGUGACCUCCUCCAGCACCGCCACAUGCUGGUCCGCAUGGCUUUUCGAGAUGGAACAGCAGAAGCGGAGACCCAGGAGCAAGAGCAGGGAGAGCAAGGACAGCAAGAGGAGGCGGAGGACAGGACCUUCAAUUUGUCCAAGAGGAAACGCCCUUCUAGUCCUGCACCUCUCCUCCCACCUUGCAUGUUGAAGCCUUCCAAACGAACCCAUCCCACACCCUCCAUUUCUACAGUGACUGGGGAUGAGGACAUUUCUGAUAGUGAAAUUGAGCAAUAUUUGCGCACCCCUCAGGAAGUUAGGGACUUUCAGAGAGCCCAAGCUGCUAGCCAGGCAGCCAUGAGUGUCCCUAACCCUCCCUGAUGCACAUUCUUCAAAGUAUAUUCAGUAAUUCUAACUACAGUUUGUUCAUAGGCUCCUGUCGUGUUGCAAGAAGUAGAUGUAUAGGACCCUUGGAUAUUCCUUUCUUAUUUAAAGGAACCAUGAGUUGCGGUUAAUUGAACCCAGUGUCCUAGAGAUGUUUGGGGGUGUGUGGAAUGUCUGUGAGUUGCAAAGUCCUGUCCCUUGGUGCAGGUCAGCAAGUUGGCUGUCUAGAGUGUGGGAUGGAGUCCUCCUAAGACUGCUGAAGAUCCACCCAGCUCUCUUCUGCACUGAUGUGAAGUAAAUGCAUUCCUCAUGGUGUCGACCAUUACAUGAGCAGGAGCAGAGAGUCCCUGGCUUGUGUUUGGUCUAAGCUCUAGGAGUCUUACACUUUCAUAAGCUUCUUUACAUCACCAACAAACAGACCAGAGGUGAACUACCGUUGUUGCUCAAAGGGCUUUGCAAGAUUUUAAUAUAUUAAAACAAAGAGGCAUCUGCUAGAAAACAUUCUAUUGUAUAAAACCAGAACUUUGA